UUGUAAAACAUUUACUCGGUUGUGGAAGUAGGAGCUACAUUUUUUAUUUACUGCUUCAUUGUAGAUUAGUUUACCAUGUGCUAGUGAGUGCGAAAGAGCAAAUAAGGAUAUUAUAGUGGUGCAGUGUUUGAAGUUUUUUUUUUUUAACAGCAAGAGGAUUCUUAAACAAGUACGUAAUCUACACAAACGAUCUCGAGCACUGGUAGCGCCAUGACCAAAUCCGCGGGCUUACCUUUAAGCGCUCUUCUGGCCGUGUUCAUAAUAAGGGUAAUCAACGGCGAUGCUCCACUAUCCGAUUCGGCAUCCCUCCCUGUCGAGCACAGAGCGGUGUACGGACCCCCGUUGUCGGGUCCCGGAUAUUCCCCACCCGCGAUAUUACAAGGUGGUGGAAUUAACGCGGACGAUCCGUGGCCCUUGGCUACUCCAGAUAUGCCACAAAUUAAACAUCUUCAAGUGCAAUGCGAAAAAACUCACAUGCGCGUCAACAUCGAAUUCGACCGCCCUUUCUACGGAAUGAUCUUCUCAAAGGGCUUUUACAGUGACCAACACUGCGUGCAUUUGAAAUCGGGAACCGGACAUCUUAGUGCGACGUUCGAAAUAUUCCUCAACAGUUGCGGAAUGUCAUCCUCUGCGAACCACAACGCCGCCAGUUACGGUGGGGCCACUCCGAGCGGCAGCUUUGUGGAAAACACAAUAAUAAUCCAGUACGACCCGUACGUGCAAGAAGUGUGGGAUCAAGCUCGCAAACUCAGAUGUACGUGGUACGACUUUUACGAAAAAGCGGUCACCUUUCGACCUUUCCAAGUCGACAUGUUACACGCAGUCACCGCAAACUUUCUUGGAGACAACUUGCAAUGUUGGAUGCAAAUACAAGUAGGAAAAGGGCCGUGGGCCUCGGAGGUUUCAGGAAUCGUCAAAAUUGGACAGACCAUGACCAUGGUGCUAGCUAUUAAGGACGAUGAAAACAAAUUCGAUAUGUUAGUAAGAAAUUGCGUGGCUCACGAUGGCAAACGUGCCCCGAUACAGCUAGUCGACCAAUAUGGGUGCGUUGUUAGACCAAAGAUUAUGAGCAAGUUUCAGAAAAUCAAAAACUUUGGACCUUCCGCUUCGGUGGUUUCGUUCGCGUAUUUUCAAGCAUUUAAGUUCCCAGAUUCAAUGAACGUGCACUUCCAAUGUGUCAUUCAGGUUUGUCGUUACAAUUGUCCCGAGCCAAAGUGUGGAGGGCAUGGACUAGCUUUACUGGGCGAUUAUGGUCAACCGGCGUUAAACAACCUGUUAGGUGCUGGAGACUUUGGUGUACACGGUGGUGGUUUAGCUGCUGAAUACGGCGCACCGACAUUACAGGAGUACGGAGUUCCGCCAGCCUUUCCAGAUCCGCGCCAUCCGUCUGGACCUACAGGUGCAUAUUCAGAACAAAACGCAGAAGUAGUUCCGCCUCCUCAGGCACAAUCUUCAGUUUCUUCUUCUACAUCUCUUCCACUCAAUCCAUCCUCGUCAGAUCCACAAAUUGCUUCCCAGGGUAGCAAUGAAAUACACUUGCCUCCUCCGCCGUUGUCCGUACACCAUGGGGCGUAUAAUACUAUUAAAAGGAAGAGCAGCAUCGUUGGCGAGUUGGAGGGUAAUUUGGCAACCCUAGGCGGACGCCCUAGGUCUGUUGAAAAUUUACCCAUGGAGCUUCAGGGAGUGAGAAGACGUCGCAGCCCGGAUGUAAUCCACGUUGUAACGACGAGGAUUUAUAAAAGAGAGGCUCAAGAAAUGACUGACGUAAAUACAAGCAGAACAAUUCAAGUGGUUGCACCGGGAGACGUCAACUUCGCUUUAAAUGCGGCGUCUAGCAACGAAACCGUGGUCAUACAGUCCGCAACUUCUGCAGAUCCUGAAACGAUUUGUAUGUCAGUUCCAAGUUUUGUAGCCGGAUUAGUGAUGUUACUCCUUGUGCUAAUUGUUGCGAGUUUAGUGGCCGCAUUUUUAUUCGUAAGGGUGCGGGCAAUUGACCGUAAAGGAGCAACUGCUUUUGUUAGUGCUAGAGGAUAUGACUCGGAAUUUGUGAAAGUGGCUAAUUGAUGCUAUUCGCGCAGUGCACUUCGGAGAUCCAAAGAAAUAGGCGAGCAAUGCGGGGCUCGCCUCGUACGUAAUAUCAUGUCACAUAUCUCGAUUAUUUAAUUAUUAACAAUUCAUCCCUUCUAAACAAUCAGCUUGUGAUCACUCUCGUAAUCGUUACAUUAUUUAUUUUAAGUUAUUCUUUUAUUUAUACGUCAUGUUGAACAUGUGUCGGUACCUAUGCUUCACAAUUUUCACAUGAUUACUCGAAAUUACGGCGAAAAAAAAUAUUUAUUGAAAGUACGUCAGCUCGUGAAACAUGUAUCCGGUCAUUCGAUAUUCCAUCUUCUGCCAUUGUGGAGCGAGAACUAGUCUCAUAAUUAAGAUGUAGACCACUUAUGUAAAUAAAUGUGUAUGAGAAUACUCAAAAUAAAACUAAUUUAACUACCA